AUGCUUGGCGUCUGCGCACGGAUCCUACCACUCGCUGGUAAACAACCCCGCGACAUUCCACUCCACUCACCACAGCAGGCCCUUGCUUGUGCUACUGAAGACACGCUUGCUAUCAUGGCAUUGGAGGGGUGCGUGGGCUCGCUGCGCAGUAGCAUGCAAUUGCUCGAUUCAUCCAUCAACAUACUAGAUCAAGGUGUGAGCGACUUUCCUCGACUAGCCAAAGUACUGCAGACAACACGGCACUUUGAACUCAUCUCCGAGUCAGACCUCCAGACCGCACAAUCAGCACUCCUCUCAGAGAUCCGCCCUGAAGUAGACAACCUCCUCAAGCGCGUUGAGAAUUACUUGGACAAACUGGAACGUCGUGAACAAUCCCUUAUAGCCAAGUGCGAUCUGAACGAGGGCAGACUUGGACGUGACAACAAUGGUGGAUCGGGUUCUCGACCGGCAAUUGAAAUGGUAACUGGGAAUGCUAACCGCCUUGGCGGUACCUUUUCGGCUAAUCCCGAGAAGAGCCCGGGGCCGCAGAAACUCAACCUCGCAGAACACCCAACUUUCGACACGCAUUGCCAUUGCCCCACCACUUCGUCCAUCAUGAGCUCCCUCCGCAUCGCCCGAGCCGCCCUCCGCGCGAGGCCCGCUGCCAUUGCCCGCCCCAUCCAGCGCAGAGGGUACGCCGAAGUCGCCAACGACAAGAUCAAGCUCUCCCUAGCUCUCCCGCAUCAGUCCAUCUACAAGUCCCAGGAUGUUGUCCAGGUCAACCUCCCUGCGGAAACCGGUGACAUGGGUGUUCUGGCCAACCACGUUGCCUCCAUUGAGCAGCUGAAGCCUGGCCUAGUCGAAAUCAUCGAGGAGCAGGGUGGCAGCAAGCAGUUCUUCCUGUCUGGUGGAUUUGCUACCGUGCAGCCAAACUCCGUCCUCAGCAUCAACGCCGUCGAGGGCUACCCAUUGGAGGACUUCAGCGCCGAGGCUGUCAGGAACCAGAUCGCCGAGGCACAGAAGAUUGCCAGCGGAAGCGGCAGCGAGGCCGACAUUGCUGAGGCCAAGAUCGAGCUUGAGGUCCUUGAGAGCCUUCAGGCUGCGUUGAAAUCACCUGCCUAUCUACAAGGUAAGAACCCCUACGGUCAGGUCCUGGACAGUAUCGCACAUCCCUAUCGUGAGCCUAAAGCAGAGACAACAAUAGCGGUCCCAUCUGUGCAGGCUGGCUCCAGUAUCGAUGGACGAUCACGCGCGUCUGGUCCCUCCGACUCCAAGACACGAUCUCGGGCUUAUGAGCUAGAACGAAGCGAUAUUACAAUAGCACCUUCAUUACCAAGACCGCCCGAUGUUCCCCAAUCAGUUCGUUCUGCUAAAGACUUCUUCGAGACGAGAGCCUCUCACUACCCGUCAACACCCCUUCCUCCACCUUCAACAAUCGGUGUCAGCAGGAAGAGCUUUGCGCCAAAAGGUCAGCCUCCCAGUGGCAAGUGUGCUCCCACCAUCACGAUCGGAACAGCUACACCUCCCAUGGACAUGACUGAUUACAAGGGGCAAUAUGAUCAUGAUGUUGAACAGGAGUCCAUGGGUCGCCCAAGGUCCACAAACAUCUUUGCAAGCACACCUCAAGACACCAGGCUUUUCGGAAUCGACUUACAAGCCGUGAGUGACAGCUCUGCGCAAGAAUGUAUACCCGAGGGGCCGCUCGCCGGCAACGUAGAGCAAAGAUUGGUUGAUAAAUCAGAUUCCCCUGACAAAGUUGUGAGACGCCUAUCCACUCGCAGUUCAGUAAUAGCUGCUGAGACUAGAGAAGCCAAGAAUCCGGAUCUUCGGUCGCAACAGGAGGGCAGACGUGCAAAGUCUGGUCGCAAUCUUCGAAGAACUUUCGAGGAAGACCAAGGAACUUCCCCCAAACGACUUAGGCGCAGUGGAUCACACACUGCUUCUUUAGCUAAGAUCAGCGAUUCUUCAAAGGAACCUAUCAAUCGUGUCGCUGAGUGGACUCCGAGCACGGAUACUGAAACUUCUAGCCAACAAUUUGGGAAGUCUGUCAAUGUUCGCAGGCGAGCCGGGGAGAUUGUAUCAAGGAAUCUUGGCCACGACGGAGCGAGUGACGUCAGUUCUUCUCGACGAAGCACUAUCUCAGGUCCGAUCCUAACAGCCAACAUUGGUGUCGAAGAAAAGUAUCAUGAGACUGAAGUACCGGACGACGUCGACAACCGACAAGGUUACGGACGUCGCGUCACGCAAGACUUUGGUUUUCCGGGUGCAAGAAUCAAAUCACACGGCACGAACAGAACUGGUAAACCACUCCGAGACCCUGGUAGUUGGACUAAGAGGGCGUGUGGUCAUUUCUCAUACAUGGGUAAAGGCGAGCAUCGCGAUCAUGCACAGCAGAAGAUAUGCCGGCAAUGCUCAACUCGAGCACCACCGCCAAAACAAGUGCCAGCUACCCAACGGAGACAACGCAGACGCGCCUUGUCUGAAUCCUCGACCUCCACAACCUCUUCUUCGAAACCACUGAACGAUGAUAUCUGUCGUAAGCAGAGACGCCGUAGACAUCACUCUGAAUGUAUACCAUACGACAAGUGCGGGGAUGCAUUCGCUGACGAGUUGGGUUACAUUAUCGACAACAUCCUCGAAGAGCAUGCAAACACCUUGCAGUCUGUCAUCAGCAGCAUCAAGAACAGUCAGCCCAGUCUUAAUCAGCUUCGACGAGUAUCUGGAGAACUUGUCCAGCGAUGCCGUGCCAACACCUCCUGUAGACAACGCUGUCAACCAUCUUGCCAAAAGGAUGAUGAUUGGCUUCCCCUUUGUCCAUAUAUCCCACCCAAAACGGCAGAAAGGCUUAACGUGGGAUCUACUGGGCAACUGAAGCCGAACCUCAACGACCCUCGUUCCAGUUUGCGCGAAGCAUUACAGUCGAUACCUGACCUUGUCGACCUGGUCAAUUCUGCAGCCGAUGAUCUUGGCAUCGAUCUCGAGCGAAGGCCUACCGUGACCGAUGACGACUUGUUUCGCAAUGCCCCUUAUGAAAGUAGGCCUCAGGAAUCUGUCUCAUACCAUUCAGGCGUCUCUUUGGAAGCCACAGAAAACAAGACGGCUGACAAAGAGCCGCUCACCGAAGAUAGUUGGCUACAGCAAACACGUAGACAUCUAAUUGAGCUUUCAGAGGCGCGGGAGCAGCUUAUGGACGAACUAGAUUCGAUUGCUGGAGAUCUUGACGUCCGGCUCCAGGACCGGCAAGAGAGUGAGCAGGGGGAAAAGCUCAUCGUACAUCUUGCACAACGUGUACUCAGUAUUGGCGCCUCGCACGAAUCUACUUGGCAUGAGAAUGCACCUGCCGAUUCCGACACUGCUCGCGAUUAUGAUGACAAGUCAUCUGUCGAAACUACGCAGCGUAUGCCUGAGAAAAUCCCCACGCGUCUCUCUAACACACCUACUUGGCAGAGAAAAGGAUCUAUCGGCGCUAACAUCGAAAAUUUCGAGGUAGGUCGCCCAAAUGACCAUGAAGAAAAAGCAGCCGCAAACCUUAUACAACUCGUGUUGAACAGAGGACCCAAUGGUGUGUCAAGCAAGGUUAGACGGUCGGAGUCCAAGCAGGUCGACUUUGCCAGUGGAGAUGUUCUCACCACGGUCAAUGACAGUAUUGACCAAAGGCGACUUAGCCGCGCACUCACCCGUAUCUUCAGCCAGUCGAAAGAACCUCCAUUUAACACUCGAGAGCCCUACCAGGCGGAAGACGUUUCGCCGACAUUACCAGGUACUAACUACGAGCCUGCUGACGAGGUCAGAGAUGGUCCAGAGCUGAACGAACAUGCCGAGUCGAGCUACCAAGCACAAUAUAGCCCACAGUAUGAGACAAGUGAAGAUUCUCAGAUUGAACAGCAAUAUGAGACUCAGCUUGACCAACAAUGCGACGAGACUGCACCUGACACUUACAAUGACGGCCGUGGUCUGACUCCAUCGCCUUCCGGGUUUAGUGUGCCAAUUCAAGACCAGUGUGAUCAGGCGCAUGAGCCUGAGAAUUACCCAAGCCGAAAGUCGGAUGCUGAAAUUCCUGCCACGCACCAGGCGGACACUACCUUCAUGCCAAUGGAACGCGCAGCCGUCAUACAAAGCCUUGAGACAGCUUCACCUGUUCGGAGAAUGACUACAAAGCGCUUUGAACCCGAAACAGAGCACCAACGCGAUGCAUUGCCGCAACAGGAUCCUUAUACAGAGGACAAAUCAGACACCCGCGCCGCGGUGGUGGGACGUUCAGCCGUUUCCGAAAGGGCUGAUUCUACACCACUUUCGCGAAUGGUGACUGUGAAGGAUUUGGCCGCAGAGUCGGAGCAGAGUAUUGAUGAUGACGAACCUGUGUUUAAGCACUUCACUAUACCACUGUCGAGGCAGCCAACGGUCCGGCUGGAUUAUACGAGGAAGACAAGCGCCACACCAACGGUUACACAAGACGACAGAAGGGUUUCCUCCCUCGUUACCUCAGAUCUUCUGCCAAGCCCAGGGGUCGAAGAAUUGCAGGAAACACAGCGCUUCGCUAGCCAACAGCGCUAUCCGAUCGUGCAGCCCGUUACUAAACUCGAGGAGCAGGCUACAAGAACGGUCUCCUUCGUGUCUUCUGAGUCUACUCAGCCUGGGUAUCUCGCUUCUCAACUGCGAAAAAGACUUUCUGAAAUUGAGAUUGCAUUGCCGUUGAGUGAUUCUGCUAGUCGGCCGAUGUCACCAGAGUCAUCGGUGACGCCACGCAUCGUCACAGGUCUACCGUCCACAGACUCGUUUAAGACACCUUCCAUAGAGACUGUAAAUCGCAUGUCUACUAGGAAGGCCACUCUGAUGCGUUCGCGACGGCCGACGUUUAGAGAGCCAGCACGUGAAUCUGCACCUCCAGCACAGCGGUCGUACGAUGAAGACACGCUCACAACACUACCACAAAUGCAAGUCGAGGAAUUGGUUCUAUCACCAGUCACUUCAAUAUCGAACGGAUCGGAACAAGUACACUUUCUGUCUCUGGAUGAGCCGACAGCAACUUCUUUGAGAAGACUGACUACAAGAGAGCCUGAUCGCGCAGCGAUUCCACUAGAACCAGCGCCUCACGGGGAAUCUCUGCUUGUUGUUGAAGAUCAAGAGCCCGAUUUUCUUCCCCCCGCACAACGGAUUCGCAGGAUGACUUCAGUUCACGCUGAGCCGACCAAUGUUUUUUCGAGAAGAGAAUUGGGGAAAGAGUUCAAGCGUAGUAAUACUCCCUCACCAGUACAGCAGAUUCGCCGGUCGACUACUGUAGUACUGUCUCAGCAGCGGCGAGCAACUACACAGUCACCACUCAACGAAGGGAAAGAAGAUAUACUGGCUUCACCACCAAUACAGCAGACACGCCGAAUGACUGCUGCGCCACUUUUCGAGCAGCGGAGGACAAGCACACAACCAACACUGAUACCAGAACAUGACCAAGCCAACUUUUCAUCUCCGGUACAACGCAUCCGUAGGACUACUACCGUGUUGACAAAGCCUGAGACGUUUCGUGAAUCAUCACCGAUAAUGCAAGAGCAAGAUGACUUCGAUUUCCCAUUGCCAGCGGAACGCAUCCGAAGAGUUGCCACUGUCUUGCCAGCUGCAAAGAGCCGUGCGAGUACCGUGGCGGAGCGCGCGAUAUCCCCUGAAUUGUUACUAUCCUUGGAUCAACAUGAGUCUGAUUUGCUAUCGCGAAUGGGACAGAUGCAUAGGGCUACCACAGUCUCUCUUGUUACACAACCGCAAGCAGACGCAGUUCUGGAACGCGAUCUAACUCAGAAAUCAUUACAAAUCCUCUAUGGUGACGAUGAUGAUAAUGAGGAUGAGUCAGAGUUCUUAUAUCCAGUAGAGCGAGUCCGCAGGGCGACUACUGAAGUACCACACGAGCAGACACAAAGAACAGAAGAGCUUGAGCAUGACGCAACUCUCUCCGAGCCCGAAGAUCCUGAGCAGCUGUUGCCGGUAGGAGGAGAGGGAUCUGAAUUUCAACCUCUAGUAGAAAGGAUAUGUCGAACCACGUCUCUUUCGCCAUCCUAUCAAAAUGAGUUGCUUCCAUACCAGCAAACCCAUCAAAACAUUACCGUGUCGCUGGUGGAAGAAGGAGAACCUACUUUCUCGCCUUCCGCAGAACGAAGCCGUCGAGCUACUACUGAUUUGGCAGCCGAGCAGCAGCAAGCAACCGUAGCCACUGAACAGGACGUUGUCCUACCCGAAUCCGUAUUUCGCCAACAGUCGGUAGUUGGAAAAGAAGAAGGCUCUGAGUUCGCGCCUCCUGCACAACGCAUUCGCAGAACGACUACUGUGGCACCGGCCGAACGGCAGCAAAGUACUCUACAGCGUAGGCAUACCGAAUUUCCCUCAGAGUUGGAGAUUACUCCAGAAUUAUUUCCCAGCGAUGAAGAUGAACCAGAGCCGCAACUCCAACCAGUUCGCCGAACAAUCACUGCGCCGCCGGGUGUACAGCAACCGAUGAUAGAGCCAGAGCUCGGUUCAUCAGCAGAGCUGGAUUCUCAGCCUCCAGUAGAACAGAUUCGCAGGUCGACUAUUGUACAACCAGCCAUUCAGCCACAAGUGACAGUUGACUCUGGAGCUGAUGCUCUGCUAGUAGAGCUAGGUUUCAAUGGUGCGUCCCCAGCCAUCGAUGAAGUGACCGAGCUUCAACCCGCACCCAGGAGCAUUCGUGGAUCGACUGCAUCACCGAUUCAGCAAAUGGUGAGGGCUUAUCCUAGCACUCCUACCUCCAAGUCUGGAUCUCAGGAAGUGACUCCGGUUGUCGAAGAAGAAUCCAAAUUCCAGCUUCCGGUUGAACGCAUUCGGCAAGCAACUGAUAUACAGUCGGUCAAACGGCGACAGGAGUCUCGCAUAGCGUCACCGGUCAUUGAAGAGCCUGGACUCGAGGUUUCAAUAGAGCGGAUACGUCGAACGACUACUGUAAAACCGGCUUUUCAGCUGCAAGACUCUUUCAGAUCUACUUCCGAGUCUUCCACCUCUUCUCCAGUAGAGGGUGAUAGAUCUGAAGAGGCUUUACGCUAUCCAGUCGAACUUAUCCGCCUUACAACCACUCUACAACCAGGUGAACAACUACAAGAGUCUAGAAAAGGCUCACUAGUACCUAAGGACGGCUUUGAGUUCCAAAUGCCGGUGGAGCGAAUUCGCAGAACAACCACUGCGGAACCGAGUGGAAAGCGGCAAGAUUCUUUCAAACCUGCUUCCGUGUCUUUCGAUACUUCUCCUGUAGCAGAAGAGGUGCUUGAACAACCCGUCUCAUCUCGCGCAGCUUCACGCCAGCCUACCUUUCAAGCUCGCCGGACAAGUAAGAUCCCGCUAGUUACUGAUCCUCAGCAUCUAGCUAGAUCUAUCUCAUCGCCCGAUGUAGAAGGCUUGCCAGAGGGGCCUUCUGCUUCGCGUAUCGUUUCGCGCCAGCCAACGCGAGCGUCUCGUACGAAUACAGUGCUAUCAGCUGCACCGCGGAACGACUCUGUUGAACUCGACAGGUCUCCUUCUUUGUCCCUGCCACAAGACGAUGAAUCUUAUCAAGCCUUCUCACGUCAGCCCACGCGUAGGGUGACCACCCGUGAAACUGAGGCGGAAGCUCUUUCCUUAUCUGAGAUCCCAUUGGACAUAGGAGACGUAUCUGAUCAGAUCACCUUGUCGCGUCCAGCCUCACAUCAACCUACGCAUAGAGAACACGUCCUCGCUGCAUCCGCGAAUCAACAGGACCCACCGGGAGAAGAGGAAGGGAUCCCAGCAGAACCUCAAGUGGAUGCAAGACAUCUAGAUCGCCCUUUCAGACGACAAAUAACUGAUCUAGCAGACGCGACACCUAAAGAACGGCUCGCUUUGGUUGGCAGAACACCGACUACCCGUGUUCUGUCACGUACAGAGUCUUUGGCAUACCAAAGCCCUGAGUACAACAAGGUAGUCCUCCUUGAUGAGUCUACCGAAUUGGAAAGUAGGGAUGUUCUUGAAUCAACUCACGGGGUUGAUCGCAAGGAAGAGACCGAUCAGGUCGAGAAAGCACGUACUACAGAUCUGGCGUCUGACACGGAGUCUUUCGCACCUCCCAUCUACCAACAGAUUGCUGAAGAGCCGCCGGAUGAAGGCAAUGAUUCUCGAGGUCAAAGCAAAGCUGGAUCACCCGAAGUUCACGGGAGCGAGGACUUGAUUGGGCAGUCUGAGAGAGCACCGACUACCCUCUUCUACCCAACUCUGGCGCCUAUUGCGCAUACAAAUGCUGAAGAUCAGCUUGAUCCAGAUGUUCGCUUCGAAAGAAGCAUGAUGCAAGCUUCCCAAGAGUUUCAAGCCAGCAUACCACGGAUACUGACGAUACCUAAUGGAUCUAACAGUAAACGAAGUAGCGAUGCUGGGAACAUCGUAUCGUCCGCUGCAGGCUUUGGGCCUUUGGUAAGCACUGAGGUUGAGAGUCAGUGCAACGAGAGCCCUCGGAUUGCGAGAAGAAAGACAAAGAUACCGAGUGAGCCUGGCACAGCAGAUCGCAGACGCAGCAGUGCUGCCCCUGGGAUCACAGCGCCCCUUCCAGAGAUGAUCAGUGAACAAAUGAAAGUCGGGAUGCAGUCUAGAAGCCCUAAGCAAAAGCCAAAGAAGGGCACAAACUACUCACCUGAGCAGCAAUAUCCACCGGCACCAGCAUAUCCAAUACGCGAAACGCCGUCAUGGACGAAGCCGGAUACUCGUACGCCAUCACCGAAGCUAAAAAUCGAGAGCCCGCCCAAGAAGCGAGGAUGGCUUGGUCUUGGGCCUUGGCCAAAGGAAAAGCUUCUAGAAUCAGAGGUAGAAAGCCGAUCUCAUCGACCAAGUCAGCCUGCUCUCCACUCAUCAUCUGUCCAGCCCUUUCGGGAUGCGGCACCUGGGUCACCGGAACUCCCAGGGGGAACGCAAAAAAGGCAAAACAAUUAUACAAGCAAGGUCAGACAGUCUGUCUAUCGUCGAGAAUCAGAUGCCGUCCCUCUGCGAAGGGCCGACACUCGAUCAAGGCAAACCUCCGUCUACGCUCACAAGGACGACUACUACCCAAUCACUCCAAUCCUUCCAGAGCGCACUGACAACGAUACACGGCCACAGUCCUCACCAUCUCGAAAGACCAGCUACCCCAUCCGUCGAACAGCUUCGACGAAUGAAACCUUCCGUCAGGACGAACCGAAGCGACAAUCUACCCGUCGGCUUUCGUCGGGACCCUCUCAACGCGAAUCGCGGCCUCAGCAAGCUCUUCGUACACGGACGGAUGUUACCACCCGCUCCCAAGCACCUGAGUUUCAGACUUGGCCGGAUACUGAAGUUGAAGUCUCUCGCACGGCUCAAGGACCGGACAAAGAAGAGGUCCAAAGCCCAGUCCGUAGAGACGUCAGCAGACCAACCAAAGCUGGAACCUCAAUCGCAAAAGAAGAAACGUUGCCUAGAGAAGGUACCCAGCCGCCGGAAACGCGACGGAAUCUGUCUCAGGUUCCCCAGAAAGAAGAUCAGUCAGAUGAAGGAGAGUCGAGUCGGUCGCCAGGCAGGAUGUUGGAAGUGCCUAGUGCUCAAGCGCUGCAAGAGCAAGCGCAAGAGCCAACAAGAGGACCAACGGCUCAAGGAGAGGAAUACAAUAGCGCUAGAGAGCAAACGAAGAUGGUCUUGGACUCCGAGGUCUCGAAAGGCGAAGAAGACAACGCCAUCCGCCGUAGCGUCGAUAGACCGCGUGAGCAGUCCGUCGAUGACAAUGCCGGAUUUACCAGCACAGUUGACCUCACGCGUCCAGGAACAUCACCAAAACCGUCCAUUGGAGAUGAAAGCAACCAAGGAAGGCCUUCAGCAUCAGAUACAGGAAAAGAGGCGCCCAUUGCACGAGAACACAUCCGUCGAUCAACUGCAGCACGAGCGCAAGACAUCACGGCCUUCCAGUCUGCAGAGGACGAUCCAGCGACCGCCACACGAAGACCUUCAUCAUCAGCCAAGAGAACGAAAACGCGACGCAGGUCUUCAGCAAUUGAGGAAGAUAGAGCGCCAAUCUCGGCGCGAACACGCACAGUCACCAGAACAUCAACGAGAACGGCAACAAUCCCGUCGAGUGCCAGACAAGCAGAUAGUCGAAGACAAUCCACCGCCCCGAGAGCGGGUACACCAGUCUCGCGCGAUGCCUUGUUCAACAGCGAAGCGGAAUCAAUCAAAGCAAGAGGAGUUGAAUCGCCACAACAGCAAGAAGAACGAGGUCCAGCCUCGUCAGCCGCGGCACAAGCAGAUCGAAGGUCAUCUGCUGCUCCCGGAGCGCAUAUGGCGGUAUCCCGAGCGGCUCUACCAAGAUCAGAGACAACAAGAAAAGGAGGGGACAGACCUACUUCGCCAAAGUCACGAGAAUCCCUCGGUACAAUCUCGCCAGUUCCAGCAUCCAACACAGGGGUCAGUCAAUCCGGGCCCCAGCCAACGAAAGGUUCAUUGGCAAUGAAACAGCCAGCCGAUCGAAGCUCAGAGCAGCAAACCCAGCCAGGCGCGCGAACAGAUCUGAGUGAUGUCAAACCAGCUCUCCCGCGCCGUGUAACCUCAUAUGGAAUGUACGAGUCCAGCUCGAGUGAUCCAUAUACUAUGCCCGCAUUCGGACCACGUAAGGCAGCCGCUCUCGCCUCUUCAAACGCCAAUGCAAGUGCAAACGCAUCACCAAUUACCCAGCAGGCCGAUCCCAAAUCGUCACCGCUCACCCGUCGAGAUUUACUGAAGCCACGGCGCAGCCCCACGUCGAGGAUCUCCGAACUCUUUGGACGCGACAAGACUAGCCCUGGGAUUGGGAGCCAGCAAAAGCGACAACAGCAAGCACCAACACCUGCAGAAAAGCCGCUGAGUGUAGUCACAUCUGGCUUUUGGCUUACUUCCAGUGCAGCAGGAAAGGGGGCUGGGCCGGAUACGCCAGCGAAAUCGUCGCAAGUGCAGCAACCACAGGCCAAAGUCCAGGCAAAGGCUGCACAGGGAGGU